AUGGAUUGUAUUUCAGUAGGUAUGUCGUCAGAUCCCAGGCGCGUUUCUCUGUUCAAUCGAUGGCAACAGAAACAAACAGAUGUACCAACUGGUUUGGAAGGUAUCAAUGAGGAGGAACUGAUCGAAUACAAAGAAGCUUUCCGACUUUUCGAUAAGGACGGCAACGGUUCCAUCUCGUCGAAAGAAUUGGGAGUCGCAAUGAGAUCGCUUGGCCAAAAUCCGACAGAACAAGAAUUACUCGAUAUGGUGAACGAAGUAGACAUCGAUGGUAGCGGUACUAUAGAUUUCCCAGAAUUUUGUCAAAUGAUGAAAAGAAUGAACAAGGAAAACGACAGCGAAAUGAUCCGGGAAGCGUUUCGUGUGUUCGAUCGUGACGGCAAUGGAUACAUCACAGCUGAGGAGUUCCGCUAUUUCAUGACGCACAUGGGCGAACAAUUCAGUGAUCAAGAAGUUGACGAAAUAAUCGCCGAAGUUGACAUUGACGGUGAUGGACAGAUUGACUACGAGGAAUUCGUGAAGAUGAUGACGAUGCCGUGA